CUUCCUGUAGGGACUGAAAACCAAGUGAGGAGAUGAAGAAUUACAGCAUGCUACACCAGAAAAUACAGAAAGGAUAGACACUGCAGAUAGAUCUUGACCUUCAUCCAAGGAACAACUGCACAACUGUGGGAAGACAUCCAGUCCCUUCACAGCAUUGCUCAAAACAGAGAAGGUUGGGCAGUGAAACCAGUAUCUUGAAAUCAGUUGGGUCAGGGGAGCUUUGACAUAUCAUCAGAUCUGAAACUGGUCAGUGGUGUGGAGCCUUCCAUCAGAACCAACCUUUCUGAAGGUUCAGCUGUAGGUGAUUGAAUAGGGUGAGGCUGGGAAGAAGUGUGAGUGACUCCAAGUGUGGUGAAUGCUUCAAUCAUCCAUCAAGCCUAAUGAAUCACUGACUCAUUCCUACAGAUGACAGUCUGUUCAAGUUGACGUGUGUGAGGAGGGCAACACAAAAAUCACCCACACACAACUGAACAAUUGUUAAAAUUAGGGCAACUUUAUGGAAGUGAAACAAUUCAAGGGUGAGAUAACACAGUGUGAAGCUGGAUGAAGAAGGGUCCCAACCCGAAACGUCAAGCUUUCCUGCUCCUCUGAUGUUGCUUGGCCUGCUGUGUUCAUUCAGCUUCACUCCAUGUUAUCUCACAUUCUCCAGCAUUGGCAGUUCCUACUAUCUAUGUAACAAUUCAAGGGUAAGUUGUGCAAACAAAGUUUUUCAAAGAUAUCGACACUUGUGAGACACAAGCAUGUUCACACUGGCAAGAAACCAUUUGUAUGUGAUGUGUGUAACAGGGGCUUUUCACAAUUACCAGGCCUAGUGAAACACCAGCACAUUCUCACAGAGGAGAAACCAUUUACCAGCGAGAUGUAUAACAAAUCAUUCUCAGAGUCAUCGCACCUCCGUGUUCACCAGCAGGUUCACACAGGGGAGAAACCCUUCAUAUGUGAGGUGUGUGACAAAUCAUUCUCAGAUUCAUGGAUCCUCCGCAGGCACCAACGUGUUCACACUGGGGAGAAACCUUUUGUGUGUGAGAUGUGUGACAUAUCAUUCACACAGACAUCAACCCUCCGCAUACACCAACGCAUCCACACGGGGGAAAAACCAUUUACCUGUGAGGUGUGCAACAAAUCAUUCUCAGACUUAUCAACGCUCCGCAGACACCAACGCAUUCAUACAGGAGAGAAACCAUUCAGGUGUGAGGUGUGUGACAGAUCAUUCUCAGAGUCAUCGACCUUGAGGGUACACCAACGCAUUCACACUGGGGAGAAACCAUUCACAUGUGAGCUAUGUGACAAAUCUUUCUCAAAUUCAUCACACCUCCACAGACAUCAACCUGUCCACACAGAGAGGAAACCGUUCAUGUGUGAUGUGUGUGACAAAUCCUUCUCAGAUUCAUCAGGUCUCCUGCUCCACCAGAGGAUUCACACAGGGGAGAAACCAUUCAAGUGCGAUGAGUGUGACAAAGUGUUUUCAGAGUCAUCAACCCUCCGAGUACACCAGCGCAUUCACACAGGUGAAAAACCAUUCAAGUGCGAGGUGUGUGACAAAUCAUUCUCAGAAUCAUCAACCCUUCGCAGACACAAACGCACUCACACGGGGGAGAAGCCUUUUGUGUGUGAGGUGUGUGACAAAUCAUUCUCACAGACCUCAACCCUCCACGUGCACAGACGCAUUCACACAGGAGAGAAACCAUUCACAUGUGAGGUGUGUGACAAGUCAUUCUCAGACUUAUCGAGCCUCCAUAGACACCAACUCAUUCACACAGGGGUAAAGCCAUUUACAUGUGAUGUAUGUGACAAAUCAUUCUUGACUUCUUUGCAACUUCGUAGACACCAACCUGCUCAUACUGGGGAGAAGCCAUUCUCAUGUGAUAUGUGUAGCAAAUCAUUCUCAGUUUCAUCUAGACUCCUGCGACAUCAGAGGAUUCACACAGGGGAGAAACGUUUCACAUGUGAAGUGUGUGACAAAUCAUUCUUGAAUUAAUCACACUUCCUGCUCCAUCGGAAGAUCCACACAGGAGAGUUUCCCUUCAGUUCUGAGAUUGUGAAGAACAUUCCUAGAUGUGUUGGUGGAUUUGCAGAUAGCGAUGAAGACCAUCAAAGGAUACAGCAGGAUAUAGAUCGGUUGGUGACUCAGAGAGAUGACGGAUGGAGUUUCGUCUGGAAAAAUGUGAGUGUAAAUGAAACAAAGUUAGAGGAACUGACAAUGUGUCAGCGAAAUCAGUGGCUGACAGGCUUACUGUUUGGAACAGCCGAGCAGAAAUUGAAAGAAUUGUCAAGCAGGGAAGAUGCGGUCCAUUGCGGGUACCUUGGUCUCAAGAGAGGUCGAACGAACUGGUUAAUAGGAAGAAGAUGCUUAUGUAAGGUUUCGGAAACAAGGAAAGGAAAAGGCUCUCGCGGGAUACAAGUUAUCCAGGAAGGAACUGAAGAAAGAGCUGAAAGAGCUCUGAGUAGGCAUGAGAAAACCUUGGGCAACUUCAUGGAAGUGAAACAAUACAAGUGUGAGGUCUGUGAACGAGGUUUUGCAAAGUCAUCAACGCUGGUGAGUCACCGGCGUAUUCAUACUGGUGAGAAACCAUUUGUAUGUGAAGUGUGUAACAGGGGGUUUACACAGUUGUCAAGUCUGGUGAAACACUGGCUCAUUCACACAGGGGAGAAACCAUUUACCUGCGAGGUGUGUGACAAAGCAUUCUCAGAGUCGUCAUCCCUCCGUGUUCACCAGCGCAUUCACACCGGGGAGAAACCCUUCACGUGUGAGGUGUGUGACAAAUCAUUCUCAGAGUCAUCAACUCUUCGCAGACACCAACGCAUUCACACUGGGGAGAAACCCUUCACGUGCAAGGUGUGUGACAAAUCAUUCUCGCAGACAUCAACUCUGCGCGUGCAUCACCGUAUUCACACAGGAGAGAAACCGUUCACUUGUGAGGUGUGUGAUAAAUCAUUCUCAGACUUAUCAACCCUGCGCAGACACCAACGCAUUCAUACAGGGGAGAAACCAUUCAAAUGUGAGGUGUGUGAUAAAUCAUUUUCAAAUUCUUCACAUCUCCGCCGACACCAACCUAUUCACACCGGGGUAAAACCAUUCACGUGUGUAGUGUGUGAAAAAUCAUUCUCGGAUUCUUCAAGUCUGCUGCUGCAUCAGAGGAUCCACACAGGGGAGAAACCUUUCAAGUGCAAGGUGUGUGAUAAAUCAUUCUCAGAGGCAUCAACCCUCCAUGUACACCAACGCAUUCACACGGGAGAGAAACCUUUUGUGUGCGAGGUGUGUGAUAAAUCAUUCUCAGAGACAUCAACUCUUCGCAGACAUGAACGCAUUCACACAGGAGAGAAGCCUUUUGUGUGUGAGGUGUGUGACAAAUCAUUCUCACAGACUUCAACUCUCCGUGUACACCAACGCAUUCACACAGGGGAAAAACCAUUCACUUGUGAAGUAUGUGACAAAUCAUUCUCAGACUUGUCAACUCUUCGCAGACACCAGCUCAUUCACACUGGGAUGAAACCAUUCACAUGUGAGCUGUGUGACAAAUCAUUUUUGACUUCUUCACACCUUCGCAGACACCAACCUGUCCACACUGGAGAGAAACCAUUCUUAUGUGUGGUGUGUGACAAAUCAUUCUCAGUUUCAUCAAGUCUCCUGCACCAUCAGAGGAUACAUACAGGAGAGAAACCUUUCACAUGUGAGGUGUGUAACAAAUCAUUCUCAGAGUCAUUGACCCUUCGCAGACAUCAACGUAUUCACACUGGGGAGAAACCAUUCACGUGCGAUGUGUGUGACAAAUCAUUCUCACGAUCAUCAACCCUCCGUGUACACCAACGAAUCCACACAGGAGAAAAGCCAUUCACAUGUGAGGUGUGUGACAAGUCCUUCUCAGAUUUAUCGAGCUUCUGCGUACAUCAACGCAUUCACACAGGGGAGAAACCAUUCAUGUGUGACGUAUGUGACAAAUCAUUCUCGAGGUCAUCACACCUCCGCAAACACCAACGUAUUCACACUAGGGAGAAAUGUUUCACGUGCAAUAUGUGUGGUAAAUCAUUCUUGGAUUUAUCAAGCCUUCAGCUCCAUCAAAAGUUUCACACAGGAGCGUAUUCUUUUAGUUCUGAGAUUAUGUUUUACGGUAAAUGGAGAAGGGAUGACUGUAAGAGUAAUUUGUUGCAAGCUGUAAACAUGAAUGGCUUCUCCUGUUGUGAAUACAUUCUCACCCGGGUGAAGCUGGUGACAGCUACAGAGAACCGUCACUUUGAGAAUGAUCUGUCACAAGCUCACAUCCGGGAUCUCGAAUACCUCGCUCUGUCUAAGCGCCCUAUGAUCUGUAUAUCCUUGUCUGCUAUCAUCUACCUGGUCCAGAUCAGGAAACUUUCACACCAGAAUGAGGAGCCGACUUAUGUGAAGUCACCUGGGCUGGAUGAGAGGUGCCCUGUUAGCCCUGUUAGGGCCAGCCCAGGGACAGGCCGUGGGACAGGUAUGUUUGUUGUUAGGGACAGUCAGAGGACGUGGAAGUUGAAAGAUUUGCACCGUUCUACACCAGAGAAUACAGAGAAGAUACACAACCAGAAGAACAGCGGCAUGGAAGAGAAACAAUUCCAGUGUGGGCUAUGUGACCAAACAUUCACACAGUUAGCAACUCUUGUGCAGCACCGAAGCAUCCACACUGAGAAGAAACCUUUCAAGUGUGAGGUUUGCCAUAAAGCAUUCUCGUGUUCAUCUCACUUUCGCAUACACCAGCGUAUUCAUACGGGGGAGAAACCGUUUGUUUGCAAGGUUUGUGAGAAAUCAUUCUCACAGUCAUCACACCUCCGCGCACACCAGCGCAUUCACACAGGGGAAAAACCAUUUACGUGUGAGGUGUGUGACAAAUCUUUCUCACAUUUAACAAACCUCCGUGCACAUAAACGCAUUCACACCAGAGAGGAUCUGUUUAGAUGUGAGAUUUGUGACAAAUCCUUCACUCAGUUAUCAAACCUUCUGGUCCAUCAGACCAUCCACACAGGGGAGAAGCACUUUAAGUGUGAAGUUUGUGGGAAAGCUUUCGCAACUUCAACAAAGCUUCUGAGACACCAGAGCAUUCACACAGGAGAGAAACCUUUCCGCUGUGACGUUUGUGAGAUGGCUUUCACCCAAUCUUCUGAUCUGCUGACACACCAGAGAGUUCACACUGGGGAGAGACCUUUCACGUGUGGGCUAUGUCACAAAUCGUUCACGCAGUCAUCAACACUUGUACAACACCGACGUACUCACACUGGGGAGAAGCCUUUCAAGUGUGAGAAAUGUGACAAAUCAUUCUCACGCUCAUCUCACUUGCGUGCACAUCAACGCGUUCACACAGGGGAGAAACCUUUCAUAUGUAAAACGUGUAACAAGUCAUUCUCAAGGUCCUCCACCCUCCACGAGCACCAACGCCUUCACACAGGGGAGAAACCAUUCAUGUGCAGAGUUUGUAAUAAGGGCUUUGCGCAGUUGUCAGGCUUGUUAAAUCACCGACACAUUCACACAGUGGAGCGGCCAUUUAAACAUGAGUUGUGUGACCAAGCCUUCACACCAUCAUCGACGCUCAUGACACAAAAUCUUCAAGCCUCCAGAGGCACCAUUGAACUCAUUAGGAGCAAGGAAGCAUUCACGCAAUUGAACAGAGUCAACAGUUUUGUGAAAGUGAAAUCAUGUUUAACAAAUUUUCUCAAGUUCUUUGAGAGUAUAACAAGUACACUUGUAAAUAAGCUUGCUAUCUGCGGAGAUGGGAAAUUAAUUGAAAUUGACAUUGCACUCAGAGAACCCGGGACUAAUUGUAAUUCUACUGUUGGAAGAACUGUUCCGACUAAAGCUGUGUCCAGAGAGACCAAUGUUCAUAUCCUGACAGAACCAGAGCAUCCUUACGGUCAGAACAACUUUCUGCAUUACUCUGAGGCUGUGUCCUUGGGUCCUAAUCUCUUUUGCCCCUGGACACAUCUUCUCAACAUCCAGGAGAUUCAGUUUUCUCAGUCCAGAAGGAAGCGCAAGGGCAGCCUGGGAAGCUUCGAUGUCUGUGGUGGUGGUUGGUUUCUGGAGCGUGUUGUGCUGUUGCUUCAAUCUGGAAUAUUUCACAUGCUGCAUCAGCAUCAACUUCAGGCACAGAGUGGUUCCUGCCAGAAUAUCAGUGAUCCUCAUUUGUACACGUUUAGGAACCAGCCAAAACAAGCCAAUAAUCCACUGAGCCAGGUGUUCAUUCUGAGUUCUCAAUUGAUAAAUAUAAGCUCCAGCUGGGAUCAAGGUCACAGGGUGACUGCAGAUUUUGAACAGUUGCACAACAAGCACUUGAAGACAAGCAACAUGCAAGAUGAAGGCUUUACAAACAACAUGAGUUUCCUGAAGUUUGGGAAACUGACCAGUGAAAUGGAGGUGACUUUGAGCAGCAGAUCAGGUGGAGAUUUAAACUUGUCAUUGUCCCAUCUAAAUAAAACCUCACUUAUUGUAGCUGCUGUCUCAGCUCCCCUGGCUCCACUAGCCGAGAGCGACAGUUUACUUCAGUGGAUGAAAUUUGAUGUAGAAUCUACAGGAAUGGCCCUGCAUGGGGCUGCAACAACCUGGCAGCGCACAGUAAGGAAACCCCCAUUUCUAGGAGACUUUGUUUAUUACCUGUUCCUCUUGGUGUUUAACCCAUAUUAUGGUGCAUUUGUUAGACAAACUAUUAACACAAACAGCUACAUGGAAGAGAAACCAUUCAAGUGUGAGGUUUGUGAUAAAUCUUUCAUGACCUCUACGAGGCUGCUGACACACCAAAUGAUCCACACGGGGGACAAACCCUUUAGGUGUGAGGUUUGUGAAAAGGCUUUCACUCACUCCUCCCAUCUCCUGAGGCACCAGAGAAUUCACACAGGGCAGAAACCAUUCACAUGCGAUGUGUGUGAAAAAUCAUUCUCAAUCUUAUCGAACCUCCGUGUACACCAACGCACUCAUACUGGGGAGAAGCCAUUCACAUGUGAGGUGUGUGACAAAUCAUUCUCAGACUCAUCCAGUCUCCGCAGACACCAACGUGUUCACACAGGGGAGAGACCCUUCGCUUGCGAGGUGUGUGACAAAUCGUUCUCAUCAUCGUCUCACCUCCAUGGACACCAACGCACUCACACAGGAGAGAAGCCAUUCACAUGUGAGGUCUGUGACAAAUCAUUCUCAGAUUCGUCAAGUCUCCGCAGACACCAACGUAUCCACACGGGAGAGAAGCCGUUCUUGUGUGACGUGUGUGAGACAUCAUUCUUGUAUUCAUCAAAUCUCCGUGUACAUCAACGUAUUCACACAGGGGAGAAACCAUUCCUGUGCAAGUUGUGUGACAAAUCAUUCUCAACAUCAUCACUUCUCCGCAUACACCAUCGUGUUCAUACUGGGGAGAAGCCUUUCAAGUGUGAGGUGUGUGACAAAUUGUUCUCAAGGUCUUCCAACCUUCUGGUUCAUCAGAGGCUCCACACAGGAGAAAAACCUUUCAAGUGUGAAGUAUGUGAGAAAUCAUUCUCAAGAUGUAGUCACCUCGGUGUGCACCAACGCAUUCACACAGAGGAAAAACCAUUUACAUGUGAAGUGUGUGACAAAUCAUUCUCAGUUUCAUCGAGGCUGUUGCUCCAUCAGAGGACCCACACAGGGCGGAAACCAUUCAUGUGCAAGGUGUGCAGCAAGUCUUUCUCGCAGUCAUCAACCCUCUGCACUCACCAAUGCAUUCACACAGGGGAGAAACCAUUUAUGUGUGAGGUGUGUGACAAAUCAUUCUCAGCAUCAUCGGCUCUGCAUAUUCACCAGCGCAUUCAUACAGGGGAGAAACUAUUCCCAUGUGAGGUGUGUGAUAAAUCAUUCACUGAUCCAUCAGCCUUCCGCAGACACCAACUCACUCACACAGGGGAGAAACCCUUCACAUGCGAGGAGUGCGAUAAAUCCUUUUCAAAGUCAUUGAUCCUCCAACUCCACUGGCGCAUUCACACAGGGGAGAAACCAUUCUCGUGUGACAUAUGUGAUAAAUCGCUCUCUGAUUCAUCACAUCUCCACAGACACCAACGUAUUCACACAGGGGAGAAAUCCUUCACACGUGAGCCAUUGAAGUGUGAUGUGUGUGACAAAUCUUUCUUGCAUUUAUCAACCCUCCUUGAACACCAUCGCAUCCACACAGGAGAGAAACCAUUCAGGUGUGAAGUUUGCAACAAAUCAUUCUCAACAUCAUCAAACCUACGCAGUCAUCUACGCAUCCACACUGGGGAGAAACCGUUCACAUGCGAGGUAUGCAACAAAUCAUUCUUGAAGUCAUCAAACCUGCGCAAACACCAAAGCAUUCAUACAGGGGAAAAACCCUUCACAUGCAAGGUGUGUAACAAGUCAUUCUUACAGUCGUGGACUCUACUCGAACACCAGCGCAUUCACACAGGGGAGAAACCAUUCACAUGCGAGAUAUGCGAGAAAUCAUUCUCAAUAUCAUCAAACCUCCGCAGACACCAACGCAUUCAUACGGGGGUGAAACCAUUCACGUGUGAGGUGUGUAAUAAAUCAUUCUCAAUGUCAUCAAACCUCCGUGCUCACCAACGCACUCACACUGGGGAGAAACCAUUCACAUGUGAGGUCUGUGACAAAUCAUUCUCGCAUUCAUCCACACUGCUCGAGCACCAACACCGCCAUACAGGGGAGAAACCAUUCACGUGCGAGGUCUGUGACAAAUCAUUCUCACAGUCGUCAAAUCUUCGUGCACACCAACGUAUUCACACUGGGGUGAAACCGUUCAAGUGUGAAGUCUGUGACAAAACAUUCUCACGGACAUCAAACCUCCGUGUACAUCAACGCAUUCACACUGGAGAAAAACCAUUUGCUUGUGAGAUGUGCAACAAAUCAUUCUCAAAGUUGACCAGUGUCUUUGCCCACCAACUCCGCACACACCAAAGAGUUCAUCCAGAGGAGAAGCUACUCACUUGUGAAGUGUGUGACAAAACAUUCUCAAAGUUAUCGACUCUCCGCAUACACCAACGUAUUCACACAGGGGAAAAACCAUUCAAGUGUGAGGUGUGUGACAAAGCAUUCUCACGGUCAUCAAACCUUUGUGUGCACCAACGGAUUCACACAGGAGAGAAACCAUUCACGUGCAAGGUGUGUAGCAAAGCUUUUACUCAGUUAUCGAGCCUCUUGGUCCAUCAGACAAUCCACACAGGAGAGAAACCGUUCAGAUGUGAGGUUUGUGAUAAAGCUUUCCCAACAUCCACACGGCUCCUGAUGCACCAGAGGAUUCACGUAGGGGAAGAACCCCUCAAAUGUGAGGUUUAAAACAAAUGAUUCUUAAAAUUAUGGAAACUCUUGCUCCAUCAAGGAUCUAGUAUCAGAGGGGAUUAACACUUCAGGUGUGAAGUAUGUGGCAAGGCUUUCACAUUGUCAGCAUGCCUCCUGAUUCAUCAAUACACUUACGCAGGGCAAGUCUUGUAAGUGUAAGUUUUGUCAUAAAAUUGUUUUGAUAAUCACAUUGGUUGACCUCCUAGAACAUCAAUGAACUCACACAUGAGACAAAACCUUGCAAUGUGAUGUGUGUCAGGAUUGUUUCAUCCCCACCUCCUCUCUCACCAGACACCAAUGUCUCCACAUGGAUUUCGAGCUGGGUCAUCUGCUUCCAUUGCACUGAGGGCUGUCUGUGUUGUUUACCCUCCAGUGUGCUCAUAGUACGGGGUGGGGUGAUGCUGUCAUUCUGAAGCAUUGUCUCAAACCGCUUCCUCCAUCAGGCCAAUUGUUUCAAGAAGUUCAAUUUAAACUUUCUGAAGAAGCUCUGGGGUGGCAUGGUGGCUCAGUGGUUAGCACUGCAGCCUCACAGCGCCAGGGACCCAGGUUCGAUUCCAGCCUCGGGCAACUGUCUGUGUAGAGUUUGCACAUUCUCCCCGUGUCUGCGUGGGUUUCCUCCGGGUUCUCUGGUUUCCUCCCACAGUCCAAAGAUGUGCAGGCUAGGUGGAUUGCCUGUGCUAAAAUUGCCCGUAGUGUUCAGUGGUGUGUGGGUUAUAGGGGAAUGGGUCUGGGUGGGAUGCUUCAAGGGGCAGUGUGCACUUGUUGGGCCGAAGGGCCUGUUUCCACACUCUAGGGAAUCUAAUCUAAAAAAACGGGUCCUGACCCAAAACGUCAGCUUUCCUGCUCCUCUGAUGCUGCCUGACCUGCUGUAUUCCUCCAGCUCCACACUUUGUUAUCUCUGACUCCAGCAUCUGCAGUUUUUGCUAUCUCAAUUUAAUCAUUGACCAGAUCACCAAAUGAAGACAUGAAUAUAUUUGAGGAGCUCCUGUACAAACUCAGCAUCCUUCCACUGCAGCGUCAGGUACAAGUCAUUCACUGACUCUCACUUUGACCAAGAAAACACUCAGAUACUCAGUGGUUAGAAAGGCUUCACUUGCUUGCUUAGUGAGGCUGCCUGUGCAAGAAAGCUGGAGUUGUGCCCAUAAGUAAGUGCUGAAGUGUAGUUUCAAGAUGCCUGGUAAGUGAAAUUACCAGACAAGAAAGGUGACAUUCUGGCACAUGAUCUGUAGUUGAGGCAGUCUGUCACAGAGUUGCCUUUUAAAGUUUCAGCCUACAAGACAAAAUUGGAAGUCCUUGUAAAUUUUAGUUAGAUUUCAUUACCCACUGUGUCAUUAACAUCUGAUGCAGUUUCUGAAUAAUCCCAUGGGAUCUAUCUUGUUUGCAUUUGUUAUUGAUGAAGUCUUUUUGACCACAUUUUCUCUAUGACACACUUACUUACCUAAUGUUGGAUGUUAGCAUGUAAUUUAUGUCAAUAUUGUCAACAUUUUUAAUACUGUAAAGUUUAUUGUUUGUUUAAAACUGUGGAAUCUUGUGGCUUUAUUUUUGGAUAAGUACCUGGGAAAACUCAAGGACUGGAGGGAAUUUGAGGACAACAGCUUGUAUCUGUUGAGUGCCUGGAUAUAGUAAAACCAAAAUGUUUCAUAAGGAUGUAAUCAGACAAAAAUAACUCAGAGACAGAGAAGGACAUAUUAGGAGGGGGUCACCAAAAUUAUGGCAUCAGUAGAAUUUAGGGAAAUUCCUAAAGGAAAGAAGAGAGAUAAAGAUACAGAGAGGUUUGAUGAGCGAAAUGUGAAAAAUGAAACCUGAAUAACAUGGCUGUCAAGUCAGAUGAAGAGAGUUGGGGUUGGAGGAACGUACAGAAGGUAAGGACUGGAGCAACACAGAGAUCUGACUGAGAUAAGAGGCUAGGCAUUACAAAGUUAUGGACGGGCAAGGUCAUGAAGCAAUUUGUACUUGAUUGUCAGGAUUGGGCAUUGGAUAAAAUUGUACUGCUUUAGUUGGUGAUGUGAAUUAAAGGCAGAUUCACGUGUUGGAGGAUCUCUUUGUGGGUCUGCUCCUGGUACUGGCCAUUAACAAGUCCAGGCAGUGGGCCAUGGAGGGGGUCAUUAUGGCCAACUGCCUGCCCGUCUUCUGUGACUAUGUUUGGACCUGGGUGUCCCUGGAAAAGGAGCAUGUGGUGUCUGCCAAAACUCUCGAUGCCUUCAGGGAGAGGUGGGCACCGGAGUGUGGAGGGCCUUAUUUCCUCGUUCAGUUCCAUUUUGAUUUGAUCCGUACCCUCCCUGCUCACUUUUUCUUUCACGUAGGCAUAGCCCUGGCCGAGGCUGUGCUUGUCACUGGUUCUUUGGCCACAUGGGUUUUUUCCUGGUGGUGGGAAUGUUAAUAAAGUUAUUCACAUGCCUGGUGUUUUCACUGUGUCUUACAUCUACAUAUAACAAUAGAAAAAACAGGAGAUUAGAAUCUCCUCAGUUCAGGACUAACUCUGAGCUGUCUGGCCAGAGCCAGUGUACUUUGCAAAAAGGGGAAAAAAGGAAAUAAAAGCAAAUUCUCUUUAGGUGACAGGUCUUUGAGUAAUAUAUUUAUACUCUCCUGUCUGGUGGGGGGUGAGUGUCUACAGACCUGAGUUCCCUCAGCUCAUCGUACCUUUGAAGUGAUAACAGUGUGAUACAUUUACUUUAUGCGCUUCCAAGAUUCAUUUCAAAUCCUGAGAAAGAUCUUGAGUCAUUUAUUCUUCAUAAUUUUGGUGAAUUCAGAGCUUUGUGUUGCCACCUAUUGUUACAUCAAUCAGCUGUAUACAGUUAUUAUUUGCAAUAAAUCGAAUUUUGUUUGCU